AUGGGGAUCUUACGAUCUCAGGAUUCGGUGCUCGUAGGAUUACUUUUAGUACUGUGUGCAGUACGAGUUUUCAGUCAUGUGGCGCUCACGUUCCCUCAGGCGAGAAACUACGACCUCGACUUCUUGGAUAACGGCCGUACCAAAGCUCCUUGUGGAAUGCCUAAAGGAAACAUCCGCACCACUUUGCCCAUGGGAGCUACGAUAAACGUCACUUGGCAUCUGGCCUAUCCGCACAGGGGUGGCUAUAAAGUCGAGCUUCUGGACGCGAACGAGAAACACGUCAUGGACCUGACACCAAAGGAUCAAUGGCUCGGCCUCGACGACGCAACAGCCCAGGCUGUGACGCUGAAGCUUCCCCGAUCGCUUCCAUGCAAGGGCUGCACGAUACGUCUCGUUCGACAAGCCGGAGAAUGGGGGAAAACCUACCUAUUCUGGAGCUGUGCCGAUAUAGAUCUCAUCUCUGUACAGGAGUUCACUGUUGUCUGUUCCGGCAAAGGACACAUAGAAGGUGGUCACUGCGUCUGCGACCACCUAUACGCAGGAAACGUCUGUCAGUAUAAGGAUGAAUGCUGGACUGAUUCGGACUGUGGUAGUCAUGGACGCUGCAUCAAUCUGGACGCAACAAGUUACCCAAAGAUGCAGUGCUUCUGUGAACCGGGCUGGUUCGGGGAGAAAUGCGACAAGAAAUCUUCGAUCAAAGUCCCUAGCAGAAAAGACCUCGGCAGCUACAAAACGAAGCGGCUCUCCGACAAAUUCAACUUGUACUGGAAAAUCAUGGAGGAUCAGGGCGAAAUCGAAAUGGUCAUGAAAGUUAAGGGGACAACGUACGCGGCUGUCGGAUGGCGUCCGAAAGGCAUCUCAAGAGACUGCAAAGCUUUCCCUGUCAUCGGGGCACCGAAUCGGAGCAGGCGAGACACUGAAUCAGAAGCUGAUGCUGAAGACGCGGAAGGUGAUGAGGAAGAGGAGAGCGAAUCCGAGGAAGACGUAUCAGAAGAGUCUGGUGCGGAACCCGAACCCAAAUCAGAGCCUGAGCCGAAGUCCGAACCCGAACCGAAAUCAGAGCCUGAGCCGAACAAAUCCGAUGAGGCUGCUAAGUCCGAACCAGCACCGGAGCCUGACGAGACCGACUACGAAGCUUCGGAGAGCGAUUCUAAGGCAGAGCCCGAACCAAAGUCCGAGGCGGAGCCAAAGUCUGAGCCCGAACCUACAUCGGAACCAGGAGCAAAGUCGGAACCCGAGCCGAAGUCGGAACCUAAACCACAGUCGGAGCCCGAAUCAAAGUCAGAACCCGAACCAAAAUCGGAACCCGAGCCUGAAACAGAGCCCGAACCGAAGUCUGAGCCCGACGCGAAAUCCGAGCCAGAACCCACAUCGGAACCAGAACCCAAAUCAGAACCUGAACCCAAAUCAGAGCCCGAACCUAAAUCAGAGCCCGAACCUAAAUCAGAGCCGGAGCCCAAGGCAGAACAUGAGCCUAAAUCAGAGCCCGAGCCGAAAACUGAGCCUGAGCCAAAGUCAGAGCCCGAACCUACAUCCGAGCCCGAGCCAAAAUCUGAGCCGGAGCCCAAAUCUGAGCCCGAGCCCAAGACUGAACCUGAACCUAAGUCCGAGCCUGAACCGAAGACAGAGCCCGAACCCAAAUCAGAGCCAGAGCCAAAAUCUGAGCCCGAGCCGAAAUCUGAGCCUGAGCCUAAAUCCGAACCUGAACCCACGACGAAAGUGAAGGCCUCAGUCUACAACGGCCGAGCAUUAUCCUCAUCCAACAAAAAAGUAUAUCCGAAGAAGACUGCGUAUACGCCUCGAGCUGAUUUCCACGCUAUGGAUUGUACGGAUAUUGUCAUCGGCGUCGCCAGAGGGAACUUGAGCCGAGUGUACGACUACUACACAAGAGAUAGAUCAACGCCGAAAGUUGACUCGUUCUGGGGAGGUGAAGAUCACAUCACGGCGGCGACUGCUUAUGAAGCUAAUGGGGAAACCGUCGUCAUAUUCAGAAAACCUUUGAUCUCCGACGAUAUGGCAGACCACAGCUUCGAGAACGAGCUCAUGGACGUCAUCUGGGCGCAGGGUCAGGAACACGGAAAUUACGUCCAUCAGCCAAAAACAGGUCUUGACCAAGGCAGAGCGAAAAUACUCGACUUCUACCGACAAGACGAAAUCAAAUAUCAUGGACACAAGAGUCAGCGGGGUAAAACCACCAUCAACUUCCUCAGCGCUCAGAAAUCUUCUGGAACCACCUGCCAUGGCGAGUUCCAAUACCCGUCUGGUUGCUCGGGACUACAAUGUGACUAUGCUGUCGAAUGGACGCUCGACUCAGACAAAGACGAGGUUCGUUUCCGGGUCCAGACCAGAUUCCCGGAUAAAUGGACUGGAAUUGCUUUCUCGAAGGAUGAAAAAAUGGCGAGGAGUGACGCCGUCAUCGGAUGGGUCGAGAAAACAGGACGAUUCUACAUAUAUGACGCAUUCAUGUCGGGCUAUGGCCAGCCGACGAUCGACUCGUCGAACAACGUUUUUAACACCAGCGGAUCGCUCCGUAACGGACUCGUCACGAUCGAGUUCACUCGUAAAAGAGAUACUGGAGACAAGGGCCAGGACUUACGACUUGACGAAUGUCUCUAUAUGCUAUACCCCGUCAAGGGCGGAUCAUAUAACAGCGUUAUUAAACGAAUCGGCAAACACGACACGACCCCUAUCGUGUCCAGCGACCAGAUUUGUAUCAAGCCCUGCGUCGGUAGCAUCACCGAUUCUGGUCCGAGAGCUGAACCCGAACCAAAGUCCGAGCCGGAACCUAAAUCGGAACCGGAGCCCAAAUCCGAGCCAGAGCCGAAAGCUGAACCUGAGCCGAAAUCAGAGCCGGAACCCAAAGCGGAGCCAGAGCCCAAAUCCGAGCCUGAGCCCAAAUCCGAGCCUGAGCCCGAAUCCGAGCCCGAGCCCAAGUCCGAACCCGAGCCAAAGUCGGAGCCCGAACCAGAACCCGAGCCCAAAUCGGAGCCCGAACCGGAAUCCGGUGACUGCGGUGGCGAGUUCCGCUAUCCAGAGAAUUGCCAGGGCGAGUCUUGUGAAUACAGGGCACAUUGGGAGUACCAAGACGACACCGACAUGGUCGACUUCACCAUCGCGACCCGGAGUCACAAAUGGACUGGGAUUGGUUUCUCGAAGAACCGGCAAAUGUCUGAAACCGAUGCUAUCCUCGGCUGGGUCGAGGAAACGGGUCGUUUCUUCAUCAUGGAUGUUUGGAUGGACAACUACGAAGCCCCGCUCCUGGACCCCAGCCAGGAUAUAGCAAAAAUGGCGGGAGCGCGAGUGAACGGCAUCACGACCCUGAAGUUCUCGCGUAAGAGGUCCUCGGCAGAUCGAACCCAUGAUCUGCAGUUCACUGACAACCAAUGCUUGUACGUCAUGUUCCCGACUCAGGGAGGAGUUUUCAACGCUGUGUCGAAGAAGAUCCGGAAGCACGAUGCCAUACCUAUCGUCUCGCCGCAGCCGAUUUGCAUCAGAACUUGCAAAGCCUCUUCCCAGUCUGCUCAUCCCGAGCCCGAACCUACAGCUGAACCGGAACCGGCACACCCAGAGCCGGAACCGGAACCUCCAGCAUCUCAGCCUGACUUCAAGGAGCCCACUGGCUCGGUCCAGGUCGAACAGCCGGAGGUUUAUCUGGUCAAGGUGAAACUCACCGAACGAUGGUUGAACGAUUACAAGAGUCAAGGCUCAAACAAAUACGAUCGACUCACGAAACAGAUCACGAAUUCGGUGGGCACCGCACUUGUUCAAAUUCCUGGCUUCCAACGUUUGGAGCUGAGAUCUCUGAAGGGCGAUCCAUCGAACGAGGUAAUAUACGCUGAAAUGAGCGUCAUCUUGCGUCCUGAAGAAGACGAAGGCGCCAUCACCAACGUCCUAACCGAGACGAUCAAGAAUGGAAAACUCGGGAGGAAUCUUAAUGUCGAUCCGGCCUACCUGGUCGUGCGACCGUUGCUCCAGGAGGAGGAAGACAACGCAAUCAUCACGAACAACGUGAGCGGAGCGGACGAGCCAGUCAAAACCAUCGCUGGAAUCGAACAAACGAAAUUCAUCAUCAUCGCGGCCGGAGUAGGAGCCCUGAUCUUCCUGAUCCUACUGCAAGCUUGUUGCAUGAUUUGCCGCGAUCGAAAAAAUCGCGCUAAGAUCGCGAAUAGGGAAAAGCUACUGAUGGGACCCAACUGGAAAGACUAUUCAUCAACUUCGAACUACAGCUAUGAGAACUUUGCGAUGAAAGACGACUCGCCCACAAUGGAGGGUCCUCCCGCGAGGAACGGCGGUAGUCAACAUCGAGGCAACGGCCAAUCGAAUGGUAAUGGCCAUGCCAACGGAAAUCAUCAUCCACCCUCUGCUCACGGGCAAGCGAACGGUGGACGAACGCACGAGCGCCGAUCGCACCACCAGAGUCGAGACCGACUCGACGGCGGGCCGACGCGUCCCGGCCCGCGGGACUACCCGAUGCGAGAGCGUUCGAUGCCUCGUCCAGCCGAUAGGGCGUCGCGACCCCAGAGUCAAGCGGAGAGCAAUCCUGAUUUCUAUUUUAUGCCAUCGCAGAGGAGGUACUCGGGAGAGGUUGUCAGGGUGUUCGUAGACAACCCCGAUUACAAACUGUGA